AUGCCGCGUCGCCAUUGCGAGGACCCCGCUCCUCCGGAGAUCAAGCGGCCUCGUCUCCCUCACCUGCCGGAGGAUCCCCAGGCGGCGGCGCCAGGGGCUCAGGUCGGCACAUCAUUGCUGACCCACUUCCCUGUGUACCGGGCCUGCGUGCCGGACUGGGACUCUUGCCAUGCGGCGCCUGAGUCGCUGCGCAAACCCGCCACGUACCUGAAGGGCAUCGCCGCCGAAUGCCUCAAGCGCUGCAGCAGGGGCGAGCUGGUCGCGCUCAGCAUGUUCUGCCGCGGGCGCACAUACACAUUUGGGUCUGUAUGUGCUGGUAGUGACGCGCCGGUGUUGGCCGUGCGCGCAGCGGCCGAGGCGAUCCGCGAGGUGUGCACGUCGACGUUCCAGAUGGUGCAUCAGUUUUCGUGCGACUGCGACCCGAAGAAGCAGAAAUUCCUCAAGGCCGCCUUCUCGUACGACCGGUCACGCGGGCCCAAGCUCUUCGGGGACGUGAAGUCGCUGAAGGAUGAUGACGCCUACGAGUUUUCGAGGGCGCCGAGGGCGAGAGCCUCGGUCCCACGGGACCCCGACGGAGUGAUCGGGGGGUUCCCAUGCAAGACUGUGUCGGCCUGCAACGAGAACGAGGCGGAGGAUGACAGCCGAACCUGCGUGGCCGAUGGCACGGGCCAGACAGGGGAGGUAUUCCACCACAUCCUUGACUACAUGGACACCCUGGACACGACGAAGCCGCUCGCGUCUUGCCUCCCGUUGUCGAUCUUCGAGAAUGUAUGUCGGCUCGCCACUCCGCCGAAGGGCAAGAGCGUGCACGAGUCCAACUUGGCCACCACCAUGCGGCUGCUGGCCGACAGGGGAUGGCACGCCCAGGCGGCCAAGCUCGACCCGCGGUGCUUCGCUACGCCGCAGAGCCGAGCGCGGAUUUACAUCCCGUGCGUCCGCGUCGAGUUCCUCGACUCCCUGGGCGUCUCGAAGUGCGACUUCUAUGCUCGCUUCAACGAGUUCCUCGGCAGGUUCACUUGCCACGGCGCCGCCCCCCUGGAGGACUUCCUCUUGGCCGAGGACGACCCCGCGGUCCAGGGGUGCAUCGACCGCCUCGGCCGCUCGGGCGUCGGCGCCUCCCGCGAGGAUAUGCCCUCAGGACUUGUGUUUAACAUGCAAGCAGACAUGCACGACUGGAAUGACCAGCAGCACGACGUCGAGCAGUGCGCCGACAAGACCGGUUGGUGA